ACAUUGAGUCUACUGGUAGCUUCUUAGUAUGCUCAUAACCUAGCUCUGUCAACAAACACCAUGUUUGUGCAGGUUGUACUGGUGACGGUCUGCCUUGCCAGUAGCACGGUCUUGGCUGCAUAUGACAAACCAUACUAUGAUGUGAACGAUGCUGAAAACCUGUUCAAGGACUUUGUCAAAGAGCACAAGAAAGUAUACAACCGAAGAGAGUAUUUUGAAAGGCUUGAUAUUUUCAAGGAAACCUUAAAGGACAUAAAUGAGAGAAAUGUCAUGUUUCCUGAUACUAUAUUUGCACUAAACCAUUUUGGUGAUCUCAAGCCUCAUGAGCUGCAGCACUACCUUGGUUUCAAACCCUCAAAUGCAACAAUAAGGAAAGUGAAAUUCCCCUAUAGGUCACAUCCUAUUCCUGAAGAAUUCGACUGGAGAAUCAACCAUGCGGUUUCACACGUUAAGAAUCAGCAAACAUGCGGUAGCUGCUUUAUCUUCAGUGCUAUUGGUAAUAUUGAAGGGCAGUACGCUAUUAAACAUGGCAAAUGCUUAGCCCUGUCCGAAGGACAGGUCCUUGAUUGUCUCGAUUGUGGAAGUUGUUCUGGAGGCUCGCCGGCUGAUGUAAUGGGCGAAUUAGUUAAAAAGAAUUUAGAGAAGGAAGAACACUAUCAGUAUCAGCCACGUAAAAGAGUAUGUAAAGAGGAUAUUAAUAAAGGAGUUGUAAAGAUGACAGGAAACAUAUUGCAAUUAGACAUUGACAAAGAAAUGGAUUUGAGGGCUUAUUUGGUGUACUACGGGCCUCUGUCAAUUGCUGUAAACUCCAAAGACUUUUUUCAUUAUAAUGGCGGUAUAUUAGAACCUAGUAAGUGCAAAGGCCUACUAGCGGACCAUGCUGUGCUCUUGGUGGGAUAUGGAGAAGAAAACGGCAAGUUGUUCUGGACAAUUAAAAACUCAUGGGGUGCGGGUUGGGGCGAAAAAGGCUACUUAAGACUUUCAAGAGAAGGCAAUUCAUGCGAUAUUUACACCCAAGUCUUAACAACCUCCAUAUUUUAAUUAAAAUAUAAACUCAGAGUUAUAUCUCUUAUAUUUUUUGUUAAAUAAAUUAAUUUGCUGGC